AUGACGGACAAACUCCCUCCUAAUCUCCUUGCUUUGUUCCAGCCUCGGCCACCACUACGAUACAUCCCACCUCAGGACAGUGCGCCCGAAGAAAAGGCUCUCAAACAGUCACAGCUAUCCGGCGUAGCUGCAUUCCUCCCCCAACUCGAAGAAUACAAACAGACAGAUGUCUACGUGCCUACAGAGUCAUGGUUGCAACAGCGCGACCGAAAACGACUAGAGAAGAAGGCACGCUUGGAUGAGAUGCAAAAGGAUGGCUUCACCGGAUACCGACCACAUGAAGAUCCCAAAAUUAAGGGCGACGCGAUCAAGACUCUAUUUGUUGGCCGGCUAAGCUAUGAUGUAAAAGAGGCAGACUUGGAACGCGAGUUCGGAAGAUUUGGUCCUAUCGAGAGGAUCAGAAUCGUCAAGGACGAGACAGCCCCCAAACCCAAGAAACCCCAUCGUGGGUAUGCCUUCAUCGUGUAUGAACGAGAAAAAGAUAUGCGAGCCGCCUACAAAGAAACAGAUGGUUUGCGAAUUAGAGAUCGGAGAGUCGUUGUCGAUGUUGAACGUGGUCGCGUGGUCCCUGGUUGGAGACCAAGAAGAUUCGGCGGCGGCCUUGGUGGACGUGGAUAUACCAAGCAAACUCCUGCCAAACCCACCUUUGGAGGUCCCCAGGGUGGCUAUGGAGGCGGAUUCAGAGGAGGCUAUGGUGGUCGAGGUGGAUUUCGCGGUGGUUUCCGCGGCGACCGAGGCGGCUAUGGUGGACGCGGCGGUAUUGGUUAUCAAGGAGGAAGCGGCUUCGGUGGACGACAGGGAGGAUAUCAAAAUGGCCUUCCGCCUCCAAAUGCGCCCAGUGGACCAGGUGGAAGAGGUGGAUAUGGCGGAGGAUACGAUGAUCGGAGAAAUGGCCAUGGAGGCCGGGACCAUCGCGGCGGGACUGGAGGCAACAAAGAACCUCUUGGUGGUCGAGACCGUGGUUACGACGACCGGGACCGGGACCGGGACCGAGAUCGAGAUCGAUACGGCGGAGGCAGACGAGACGACGACUAUGGAUCGAGAAAACGAUACCACGAUAACGACGGGUACGACGAUCCAAGACAACGGCGAAGGUACUGA